GUUGCAGGACUUUAUAGCACAGAAAGAGACCGGAAACUAGAAGAACGAAAAGCAAACAAGAAAUUUGCAGAAUCUCUGUGCCAAUUGAUCCCUGUGAUUCUCACCAGAAAGUUCGUGGUUAAGAUAGAAAACGAACGGUUAAGAUAAAAAACGAACGGUUCAGGUGACGUUUCUUUUAAUCCUCUUGUGUAUCUCGAAUGCCCUGAAUAACUGCGUCCAGUGAUCAGUUUUGGAGCCCUGAAGUUCAAUUUCUGGUUUUAAUGGUCCCCAUGUGAAGCUCUCUCUCUCCUUGUAUCUUUCUCAAAAUUUAAAACUUAUGUGAAGACCUCUCUCUUUCUCAUCCUUUCUCCAAAAUUAAGAAGAAGCGAUGUGUCCUGGUUCGGAGGAGAGAGAUAUGCAGGAGGAAUAUCAAGUGGAGGAGUUUAGAGAGAGAAUAAACUCAUCGAGAGGAAGUCGUUUUGCCCUCCUAAGUGAGCUCACAAAGAGAGGCGGAGGGAGCCAAGAAAGACUGAUCCAGGGUUUCAGGGGUUGCACCCAAUCAGUCAUCAUCCACCCAGACAGUCGGUGGUACCAAGUGUGGACAUUUAUUAUUCUUAUGUGGGCUAUUUACUCAUCCUUCUUCACGCCACUCGAGUUUGGCUUCUUCCGGGGAUUGCCCAAAAACCUCGUCUUUCUUGAGGUGGCUGGACAGAUAGCUUUUCUAGUUGACAUCCUCUUCAAUUUCUUCCUUGCUUAUAGGGACUCCCAAACGUAUAGAAUGGUCUACAAACGCAGCGAUAUUGCAUUGCGUUAUGCCAAAUCCUGUUUCUUGGUGGACCUUUUUGGCUGUCUACCCUGGGAUGCCAUUUAUAAGGCCAGCGGAAGGAAGGAAGUAGUGAGAUACCUCUUAUGGGUAAGAUUGAGUCGGUUGCAGAAAGUCACUAAUUUCUUCCAAAGACUAGAGAAAGACAUUCGCAUUAAUUAUUUGUUCACCAGAAUAGUGAAGCUUAUUGUUGUUGAGCUUUACUGCACACAUACGGCUGCCUGCAUUUUCUACUAUUUGGCAACAACAGUUCCUGAAUCAGAGGAAGGUUAUACUUGGAUAGGAAGUUUAACAAUGGGGGACUAUAGCUACUCACAUUUCAGAGAGAUUGAUUUCAUAAAGCGGUAUUUGACAUCACUGUAUUUCGCAAUAGUUACGAUGGCCACAGUAGGCUAUGGCGAUAUACAUGCUGUCAAUCCAAGAGAAAUGAUAUUCAUCAUGAUAUUUGUGUCUUUUGACAUGAUCCUUGGUGCUUAUUUGAUUGGUAACAUGACUGCAUUGAUUGUUAAAGGCUCAAAGACAGAGAGGUUUAGAGACAAAAUGACAGAUCUAAUCAAAUACAUGAACAGAAACAAACUUGAAAAGGAGAUACGUGAUCAGAUCAAAGGGCAUGUGCGGUUACAGUAUGAGAGUAGCUAUACUGAAGCUUCUGUCCUUCAGGAUAUUCCAGUUUCUAUUCGUGCCGAGAUUUCGCAAUCUCUCUACAAGUCAACUAUUGAAGCAGUUCCUCUAUUGAAAGGAUGCUCAUCUGAAUUCAUUAAUCAAAUUGUAAUCAGAUUACAUGAGGAAUUUUUCCUCCCUGGAGAGGUAAUCUUGGAGCAAGGCAAUGCGGUGGACCAAAUUUAUUUCAUAAGCCAUGGAGUCGUGGAGGAAGUUGGUAUAGGAGAAGAUGGAUUAGAGGAGACAAUUGUGCAGCUUGAACAUGACAAUUCAUUUGGAGAAAUUGCCAUUUUGUGCAAUAUUCCUCAACCAUACACUGUCCGUGUAUGUGAACUAUGUAGACUUCUUCGACUCGACAAACAAUCAUUUUCGAAUAUCCUGCAAAUAUAUUUCAUUGAUGCUCGGACAGUCUUGAACAACCUUUUGGAGGGAAAAGAAUCAAGUCUCCGGCUUAAGCAACUGGAAUCAGAUAUUAUAUUUCAUAUCAAUAAGCAAGAAGCUGAGCUUGCUCUUAGAGUAAAUAGUGCUGCAUAUUACGGGGAUUUAUAUCACCUUAAAGGUUUGAUUCGAGCUGGAGCUGAUCCCAAGAAGACAGAUUAUGAUGGACGGUCAGCUUUGCAUUUAGCAGCAUCAAAAGGCUUUGAAGAUAUAACCACUUUCCUUAUUCGAGAAACCGUGGAUGUAAACUUAACUGAUAAAUUUGGAAACACUCCCCUAUUAGAGGCUAUCAGAUAUGGACAUGAUCGUGUGGCUUCCUUGCUUGUCAAAGAAGGAGCGUCCUUAGAUAUUGAUGAUGCUGGUGGUUUCCUCUGUAAAGCUGUUGCAUCGGGCAAUACUGAUUUCUUGAAACGCCUUUUGGUUUAUGGCAUGGAUCCAAAUUCUAGAGACUAUGAUUAUCGAACUGCUCUUCAUAAAGCUGCAGCUGAAGGGCUCUACUCUUUGGCAAAAAAUUUAUUGGAAGCCGGUGCAAGUGUUUUCUCAAAGGACAGAUGGGGAAACACUCCACUUGAUGAGGGACACAGAUCUGGAAGCAAGCUUGUUAUUAACUUACUCGAAGAAGCAAAGAUUGACCAGUUGUCUCGGUACCCCAACUAUUCACAAGAAAUUCAAGGGAAAAUAGAAGCAAAGAAGUGCACAGUGUUCCCUUUCCACCCGUGGGGCCCACGAGAGGAAAGGAAGGAAGGUGUUGUGAUGUGGAUCCCACCUACCUUGGAUCAACUCCUGUCCUCUUCUUCUGAGCUCCUUGGCUGCUUCUGCACUUGCAUCCUAUCGGAAGAUGCUGGGAAGAUCCUUUCUGUUGAUAUGAUAUCAGAUGGCCAAAAAUUGUAUGCUAUCAGUGAUGAUUCACACAUUAGAGAUUCUUUGUAAAAGAUGUAUCAUUUGAUAUGUAAAAAUAUGACAUAAUGUAUCCAAAAAUACCAAUUUGUUUGCAUUCAGAGAAGUUUGUACCAUGAGGCGUAAGAAUUUUCAUUGAUAAAUUGAUUAUGGCAGUUUGUAUGGCGCAUUUAAAUGGCUGUACCAAGCUGUCUUAUUUGGGA